GUCGCCGUUGCGGAGCCGAGCGCCGCGCAGCGCUGUCCCUUCAGCACCGCCGGCACGCGGCGGCCGCCCUUAAUUACAGCGAAUCGAAUAAAUUAACCGAAAAUUUCCGCCCGCCCCGCCUCCCCGCCGAGUUCCCCCCCCCUCCCCUCCCCCGACCCCGCAGCAGCGCCCGGGCCGAGCCGCCGCCAGUGACCGCGUGGUUUGCAGUCUGGAAAGCAAGGUCCAAGAAUGGUGAAGCUGGGGAGUAAUUUGAACGACAAGAACAGCAAGCCACCAUCUGGCGAAGAUGGUUUUCAGACAGUUCCUUUGAUCACGCCUUUGGAAGUAAAUCACCUGCAGUUCCCGGCUCCGGAAAAGGUAAUUGUGAAAACAAGAACAGAGUAUCAGCCUGACCAGAAGAACAAAGGAAAACUCAGAGUGCCCAAAAUUGCUGAAUUCACAGUCAGUUUCACUGAUGGCGUAACAGAAAGACUAAAGGUCACUAUUCUCAUAAGUCUGGCUCUUGCAUUCCUUGCCUGCAUAGUGUUUCUUGUGGUAUACAAAGCCUUUACUUACGACCACAGUUGCCCAGAUGGAUUUGUUUAUAAGCAUAAGCGGUGCAUCCCGGCCUCGCUGGACGCGUACUACUCCGCACAGGAUUCCAACUCCCGGGGCAGGUUCUACACUGUCAUCAGCCACUACAGCAUGGCCAAGCAGACCAGCUCCCGGGCUGUAUCGCCUUGGCUGUCUUCAGGGUCGGUAAACCAUGAAGCCAAGGCUGCCAAGACAGAAGGUCAUUAAAGUUAAUGAGUGGUGAUGGGCAAAGUGGGAGGGUGGGGGGACAACACCAUGUCUAUACUGCAUUGCUCUAGUUGAGAGAGGGUGCUGUGCUAACAGCACGGUGGGAAUAAAUAGAACCCAAGUGCAGGAGUCAUCUUAAUGGAUAUUUCUUUUCGUGCAUUGUUCUCGUUGAUUUGUAACCGAGUCGAGCUCUUGUACAAAGGCAUGUUCGAUGUUGACUGUACCUUACGAUGUAAAAAUAUUUUUAAAUCAUUGCUUAACUAUUUGUUAGAAAAAGAAAUUAAAAAACAAAAAAAGCAAAUUAGAUAAACAGCCAGAGAGGAUAAAAGCAGCAAAGAGAAUCCUGCAAAGUUUCAUCAUUGCUGGAUAGUUGUGGCACAGGCUUAAGAUGCUGAAAAAUAAGCUGAAAUCCUUUUGAGAGACAGGGUAGAGAGAACCUGUUAGACACUGCAGUGUUGUUUAGCUUGUCAAAGGGGGGAUAUUUUGCUGUCAAAUCAAAUCUAGUAUCAGUGUGCAUUUGCUGAUAAAUGCAAGCAUCCCCUCCUCCCUCACACAUACACACAUGCAAAGACAUAGGCACACACCCCUGCACAGUGGCCUAAGCAAAUCCAGGCAGAUCUCAGUAUUUGUAGAGAGCUGCACUGUGCUGGUGAUCUUGGCUGGGAUCUGAGGCUGAAAUCCUGGCUGGAGUGUGGAUAUAGAGUAGGAUGAAAACUGCUGUAGAGAAAUCAUGGGUAUACUUCUGAGCAUAGAGGUAGGGGUUAGGAGAUGAGGACUUCGUUUCUGCUUCUGGCUUGGCUUUCCUGCAUGACCUUUGGUAAGUUACAUGAGGCUUCCCUCCAGAGGGUCACCAUGAGACGAAGAAAUGCCAUUGUAACAUGUGGAGCCUUUCAAGAGUGGUGAUAGUAUAAAACAGUAUUAAACCUCUAACUUCUCAGCCCCUAAUUUUUCUCUCACCCAUGAAAUGGGAUGCUCCAGCUUCCCUCCUUCAGCUUCAGAUACGUCAGUAUAGAGUUUCAUUCCAGAUAAUUAGAGAGGGGUGGCCAUAGUGUACUCUCAGAUUACAAGCGUCCCAUCAGAUCUCUGCUUGCAUACACAGACCAGACCCCAAGCUUAGUCCAAUCCUGGCCAGUGUGAAACAUCCUCUCCUCACAAAUGGCAUGUACAACUAGAACAGACUGAUGGGAUUAAAAAAUUU